AGGAGGGACCCGCCCCCGCUCGGCCGGCUCGGAACAGAUGCUCCCUUUUCCUGGGCGCCACACUGGGCGCGCGGCCUGGUGUUGGGCGUUUUCCGCGGCCUCGCGCAGUCCCCGCGCCUGUCCUCCGGGGUUCCAAGGCGGAGGGCACUCUCUUAAGGCCCGGGCUCCAACCCCAGGGUGCCUGGCUACAGGGUUGAGGCGAAAAGCCUGACUUCCGAGGCCCUUCUUUCCGCGUAGUGCAGGCCCCAGAGCUUUUGCCAAGACCCAGGGAGAUGUGCUCUGAGGUGGCACGUUUCCCUGCUCGAGCGGAGCUGGUGAGGGCCGGACGGAGAGAGUACCCCAGGGGCCGCCGCCGCGAUCCCGGGGGGGCCGAGGGUCGGGAAGGGGCCCCUGGCUGGAGUGGAGUGGGAGUAGCGCGCGCCAGGGAGCUGAGGGACGCGGGACUGAAUAGAUGAGGACUCUUCCUUCCCCCGGGAGCAAGCAACUGCCUAGAUACGAUCUCUUUUUUUCAUCUGUAAACGGGCUUGUCCUACAGGGGAUCUCUGUGACUUUCCCAGAACGGUUCCUUUCCAACAAAUAUUUAUUGGGCCCCACCUUGUGUGUUCUAGGGCAUUGUUUCUUUCCUCCCUCCCUUCCUCCCCUUUCUAUAGAAUAUUUUCAAGUGACUUUUUUCUUUGAAAUUCGGCAGGGAAGGCACGAGGAUGUCCGUUUUUCCACCUGGCAUGGGGGGUUAGCACUGAACUCUGCGCUGCCCUUUCUAUGGGCUGUGGAGGUGUCCGGUGGAACUGAACAAGGUCUUGGCUGGGCGGAGAGGUGCGUGACAGUGACGCCAGGCUGUACCCUCAGCGGGAAAAGGUUCCUUUAUGCCUGAUGAAUCAAAACAACUUGCUUCACCACCCCGCCCUGGCCUGAAGAGAGACCCUGAGCCCAGAACACAUUUCCUGACAGUCAUAGAAGCUGACGGGCCGCCUCAUGCUGGCUGUGGGAGGGGCAGUGCUCGGCUCCCUGCAGUUUGGCUACAACACUGGAGUCAUCAAUGCCCCCCAGAAGGUGAUUGAGGAGUUCUACAACCAGACAUGGAUCCACCGCUAUGGGGAGCGCAUCUUGCCUGCCACACUGACCACGCUCUGGUCCCUCUCUGUGGCCAUCUUCUCCGUGGGGGGCAUGAUUGGCUCCUUCUCUGUGGGCCUUUUCGUUAACCGCUUUGGCCGGCGGAAUUCCAUGCUGAUGAUGAACCUGCUGACCUUUGUGUCCGCUGUGCUCAUGGGCUUCUCAAAACUGGCCAAGUCCUUUGAGAUGCUGAUCCUGGGUCGCUUCGUCAUUGGUGUAUACUGCGGCCUGACCACUGGCUUUGUGCCAAUGUACGUGGGGGAGGUGUCCCCCACAGACCUUCGCGGGGCCCUGGGUACCCUGCACCAGCUGGGCAUCGUCGUCGGCAUCCUCAUCGCCCAGGUGUUUGGCCUGGACUCCAUCAUGGGCAACCAGGAGCUGUGGCCCCUGCUGCUGAGCGUCAUCUUCAUCCCAGCCCUGCUGCAGUGCAUUCUGCUGCCCUUCUGCCCUGAGAGCCCCCGCUUCCUGCUCAUCAACCGCAACGAGGAGAACCGGGCCAAGAGCGUGCUGAAGAAGCUGCGCGGGACCUCGGAUGUGACCCGCGACCUGCAGGAGAUGAAGGAGGAGAGCCGGCAGAUGAUGCGAGAGAAGAAGGUCACCAUCCUGGAGCUGUUCCGCUCGACCGCCUACCGUCAGCCCAUCCUCAUUGCCGUGGUGCUGCAGCUGUCCCAGCAGCUGUCCGGCAUCAAUGCUGUUUUCUAUUACUCCACAAGCAUCUUCGAGAAGGCGGGGGUGCAGCAGCCUGUGUAUGCCACCAUCGGCUCCGGCAUCGUCAACACAGCCUUCACUGUCGUGUCGCUGUUUGUGGUGGAACGAGCUGGCCGGCGGACCCUGCACCUCAUAGGCCUGGCCGGUAUGGCAGGCUGUGCGGUGCUCAUGACCAUCGCGCUGGCGCUGCUGGAGCAGCUGCCCUGGAUGUCCUACCUGAGCAUCGUGGCCAUCUUUGGCUUCGUGGCCUUCUUCGAAGUGGGCCCCGGCCCCAUCCCAUGGUUCAUUGUGGCUGAACUCUUCAGCCAGGGCCCUCGCCCAGCUGCCAUUGCUGUCGCUGGCUUCUCCAACUGGACCUCAAAUUUCAUUGUGGGCAUGUGCUUCCAGUAUGUGGAGCAACUGUGUGGUCCCUAUGUCUUCAUCAUCUUCACCGUGCUCCUGGUUCUGUUCUUCAUCUUCACCUACUUCAAAGUUCCCGAGACGAAAGGCAGGACCUUCGAUGAGAUUGCUUCCGGCUUCCGGCAGGGGGGAGCGAGCCAAAGUGACAAGACACCCGAGGAGCUGUUCCACCCCCUGGGAGCUGAUUCACAAGUGUGAGGUGCCCCACACCACCAGCCCGGUCUGCUCCCAGCAGCCCAAGGAUCUCUCGGAGCACAGGCAGCUGGAUGAGACUUUCAAACUGACAAGAUCUCAGCAGAGCUGGGCCUGGGGCUCUUUCCUUCAGCCAGUAGUGAUGUCCAGAAGAAUAUUCAGGACUUUUAAUGGCUCCAGGAUUUUAACAAAAGACUGUUGCUCAGAUCUAUUCAGACAAGCAACGGGUUUUAUAAUUUUUUUAUUACUGAUUUUGUUAUUAUUUUUUUAUCAGCCAGAGUCUCCUUUAUCCACAUCCCUGGCUUCACCCUGAAUGGCUCAGUGCCUGAGGGUGGGGACCAAGCCCUGCCUAGACACUUGCCUUCUUUGCCAAGCUAAUCUGUAGGGCCGGACCUAUGACCCAAGGACACACUAAUCGAACUACGAACCAUGAGUCUUCUACCCCAAGAGGUGGCUCUGGCCACUCCUUCUGUGGGCCUGGGUCUCCCCACCUAGGGAUCAGGCUCCAGGAUCAGGCUCCAUUAGGAUUCGCCCAUUCCUGUCUCUUCCUACCCAACCACUCAAAUUAAUCUUCCCUUGCCUGAGACCAGUUGGGAGCACUGGAGUACAGGGAGGAGAGGGGAAGGGCCAGACUGGGCUGCCAGGUGCUAGUCUCCUUUGCACUGAGGGCCAGACGGUCACCAAGAGAGGAGGGCCAUGGGAAACUGAGAACUCACUAUUCAAGAAGACGUGAACACUCCUGCCCUGCUGUGUAUAGUUGGAAGAUAUUUAUAUAUAUUUUUUGGUUGUCAAUAUUAAAUACAGACACUAAGUUAUAGUAUAUCUGGAAAAACCAACUUGUAAAUACACCACCUUACUCUGUAACUUA